AUGGGCGACAGCGUUGCCGCGCUCUGGUCAAGCAACCCGAAUUUGGGCGGAGGAAGGUUCAUGCGGUACGCAGCACAGGCUCGGGAGCGCGCCAAUGCGCGACGGCGGAAGCGCGAUCGGGCCGCACGGUUGCUCGCGUUCAACACGCGAUGGCAGCCUUUGCUCGAUACUGCAUCAAGCCGGGGACUAGCUUGGCUGGUGAUGAGCUUCCUCUCCGGCUGCUGCUUAAUGAUUAUUUGGGUGCGAUCGGCUAAACAGGGUUCCGCUCGACCUCGCCGGAACACGGGCCGUGUUUGUCCUCCCGGCGCCCUGCUCGUGCUUGCAUUGGCGGCGCUGGGCGCGAUGUUCACCGGUGGUGCCCCGAUGGCGGCCUCGCUCCACAAUGGGCCAGCCGGCGUUUUUCGGGACCCGCGCCGGUUUCUUCGCCGGAGCGGCUAUGGCGCUCGUAAUCCUUGUUUCGUGGUCGGCGGCCUUGGCGGGAGCAUCCUGCUCGCUAUCGGCAUUGCCCUGCCGGUGAGCGUCGCUGCGGGCCUCCCUUUUUCCACACGCGUCAGGAGCAGUUUCUGGAGCGAAGGCUACGCCAAACCCGCCGGCUUGCUGAUGUUGUGGGUUAGUACCGCCACCUUGCUGUUUCUUGUCUUGGCCAUCAAUCUUGACUCGGUACUUCGCCUGCAGUUCGGCGGCGCCAGCCAUUUGCGAUCGCGCUGGCGAUCCGGCAGGGCAGAUGAUCCUAUGCUUCUUACCGCCACGGGGUUGGGUACUGGGGCACGGUUCUUGGGGUCCGCCCAACCUCGCCACGCGAGGCUCCAUCAUCGCUCGCUGGCGCCGCACGGUGGAUUAGCCGCAAGCGACAUGCGACUAGGAAGACGUUUUUCGUUGAUCCGUGUCAACACUCAGCCGGCGGACCAUCGCUUAUGGAUAACCCACGGAAAACCUGUCGCAACAGACCCACAUCCGGUCAUUAUGGUUGCCUUUUUUGCCCCCACCUUCUGCCAUUCAUCCAUGGGGGAGCGGAGGAGGUGCUAA